AUGUCCGUUAUUCUAUGCACCGCGGGUUACGACCACACAAUACGAUUCUGGGAAGCUCUAUCAGGCAUCUGCUCCCGAACGAUCCAACAUCCUGAUUCGCAGGUCAACCGACUCUGCAUCUCACCAGACAAGCGCUACCUCGCUGCUGCCGGCCACCACACCGUAAAGCUUUUCGAUAUCCGAUCGACAAACCCUGCGCCACUUCUCGUCUUCGAGGGCCACACGGGCAACAUCACAGGUGUUGCAUUCCACUGCGAGGGAAAAUGGAUGGUCACGAGCUCUGAGGAUGGAACCGUCAAGAUCUGGGAGACGAGGACUGGCACAAUACAGCGCAGCUACAACCAUGGAUCCCCUGCGAAUGACGUCGUAAUUCAUCCCAACCAGGGUGAAAUCAUCAGCUGUGACCGCGCUGGCAGCAUCCGACUGUGGGAUCUGGCCGAGAAUACCUGCUCGCACCAACUAAUCCCAGAGGAAGAUGUGUCUGUGACAAGUGUCACCGUGGCAACCGAUGGGACCCUUCUCUGCGCCGCAAACACUGUUGGAAAUGUCUUCGUCUGGCGACUCGAACAGCAGUAUGAGCGCACCACUCUUGUACCCCUAACCCAAUUCUCAGCACACAGCAGUCACUACAUCACCCGCAUUCUCCUCUCGCCCGACGUCAAGAAAUUGGCAACAUGCAGCGCGGAUCAUACCGCAAAGAUCUGGGAGGUCAAAGAGAUGGAACCCCAGGGUCCAGAUAGUGAACCACGACCGUUCCCUCUCGAAGCCACACUCACUGGCCACCAAAGAUGGGUUUGGGACUGUGCCUUCAGCGCCGAUAGUGCGUACCUCGUCACUGCAUGCAGCGAUCAUUACGCUCGCCUUUGGGAGCUUCACAGUCAACAAAUCAUCAGACAGUACAACGGCCACCAUCGUGGCGCCGUCUGCGUGGCCCUCAAUGACUACUCGGAGGCCAGAUAG